UAUUUCGCAAAAUGCUAGGUCAGCUGUAAAAGGCAGCGAGGGGAAGCAGAAGAACACCGGCGGCGGAGGCCCCACAGGAUGGACCGCCCUCCAAGAUCGCCAUCGUUAUUGUUUGGCAUUCGAAGCAGGGACACGGGCGUUUGAACCGCGGUCCUCGGUGGGCGGUGGCCACAACCACUGGCGAGCGAACGAAGUGGUGAGCUUCAGCCCGCUUCCUCCCCCACUCCAUAAGCGCGAUUGAAUAUUACUGAGAUGUAGAGGAUCCACUUUUCUGAAAGCCAGAAGCGCCGACAGCAAUCCGAAUUCCCUUAGGGAGACCUGCUUCACAUUUCACCACACAUGAAACAGAUCAGGAUUUGGGCAGAGGUUGAAGCCAACUGAGCUGAGGUGAGGUUUAUUUGCUUAUGAAAAUGGCACAGAAUGUAUUGAUUAUUUACCCAAUACCUUCAGCAAACUUAGAAAGCUAACUCACGGUUAUGUCUGUUGUGAGUAAAUUACCCCAUUUGCUCUUUAAUCUAACCGCACAUUUCUAAGAAUAUUGGUUAAUAGUGCACUGGCUUUUUGCCUUGUGCCAUGUGUGCAUGAAGCAAGUCCUGCAUUUGGUAGACAGGGGGGCAAUUGUCAUUUUACAUUAUGCCUAUGAUACUACCAUGCUAUUUUUCUAGAAAAAAUCUAUUUUCUCCUUGUUCAAACAAAUGUGAUGGACUGAAUGUAACUUUUUUGUAGGAGUAAAAUAUUCUGCAUUGGCGAUGCAUUAGAAAAUCAAAUGUCAGUUCAGGAAAUAUGUACUUGUGAGUGCCUUUCUUUACCUCUGAAGACCACCGUGAACAAAAUAGUGAAUUGUGCUAAUAUGAAACAGUUAAUAACUUCUCUUAUCUGUUGUUUCCCUCUUUAAGAAAAAAUCAUUUUUUUUCUCAUGGUGCUUAGGAUAGAUGGGUAUCUGUGGCAAAGCGUGUGCAUACUAUACACUCUAAUGGAUUCUUUGCUAUUGGUAAUUACAACAUGAAAGCAUGAUUAAGCUAAUUAUUUAGAGUUUAGUGUGCUAGAAAAUUGCAGAAACAUGUGGGGACACUCGAGCUGGCUAUAGUUACCAACAAGCAGAAAAUGGAGAGCUGAAACAUGAGGACAGGAGCUAUCAUUGAACCAUUGUGUAAUGCUGUGAUCAGAUGGUUAAACGUGUCUAAGAGUCUGGAGGUGAGGCGAAGGCAACUAGCUGUUCAUUCUUCCACCGGCAACUUGCAUGUUAAUUAAUGGACCACACAAUCUGAUUCUGAUACUAAACUCGACUGCACCUCACCCGUGCAAGUCAGUUUGCCACCCACAAUGCAGACAUGACAGCCUCUUAAUCAAGCUCUACUAGAGAUGCCUCUUGGGUUGGGUGGCUUCUGUUGCAGCUAACCACGAUUACACAUGAGAAUGAUUCUUGUUGUCUGCUGGUUCAGCUGUGCAGUUGCUUCAACCUCUUUCACUAUAUAAACAGGGAAGCCAAAGUUGGGAAGACACAAUUUCAGCAGCUUCACUUCUCUUUCAUCUCCAGAAAGAGGCUCCAUAGCUUCUUUUCCAUUCCAAACAUGGCCUGCCACCUGAGAUCCGCAAGUGUGCCCUCAAGCCCUCACUCCAACCAAACCGAUAUCGAGGAGCAGCUCCAGAACCUGAAGGCAACCAUCUCUGCACCCUCUCCAACCAUUGAAACAAUAGUUGAUGGUCUAUCCAAGCUCGGGAGCAUCUACAGCUGCAUUGAUGAUCUCAUAUGCUUUCCAAGCAGCCAGCGUCUGCAGAGGAAGGCAGUGGAGGAAGAGCUUGAGUGCUCUCUCAUCUUGCUCGACCUCUGCAAUGCUGUGCAAGAGAGCUUUGCGGAGCUCAGGGCGAGCAUCCAAGAGAUUCAUUUGGCUCUCAAGAGAGGAGACGAUGUGGCUGUUCAGGCCAAGGCUGUGUCUUAUGCUCGCUUGGCCAAGAAGGCGCAGAAGCAAAUCAAGAAGAUCAACAAGAAAGUUGCUCUUGACAAUGAAAGCUGCAGGAUGAUCAAGUUGUUGUCUGAAGCAAGAGAGAUCGCUAUAUCGAUGUUGGAAUCAACAUUGGACCUCCUAUCGAAGGAGAUCACGAUGCCGAGUGCUAGCAAGUGGUCUCUUGUCUCCAAGGCAUUCCAGAAGAAGAGAGUCACAUGCGAGGAGGGGCAAUUGCAGGUGUUGGAGUUGGAGAUUGUUGACCUUGAAAGCCAAGUUCAGAUUGUCUUUAGGAGACUGAUCCAAUGCAGGGUCUCCCUUCUGAAUACUCUUAGCCUGUAGAAAGAUCAUACAACAACCAACUCUGAUUCCCUGUGAUUAGCAUCCCACCUUUUAGAGGAUUGGCUGAUCAUCGAAACAAUUUUGAUGUAUAUAUGAGACAAAGUGUACAGGAAAAUACUCGAUGAAAGAGCAAAGUUUUGACCAUUUCGUGUUAUCAA